GCAGAGCAGAGCCCAGCCCCGCCCCGCACACAGAUGGGACCAUGAACUCCAACCACAGCUUCAGCCAGAUCCCCUCCGGCUCCCUCCCUGGCACUGGGGGCGGCUGGGGCCGGCCUGGGGGCUUCCCCCGGGCUCCCAGCGUCCACGGGGGUGCAGGGGGCGUCCGCGUCUCCCUUUCCUUCACCUCGCCAAGCUGCCUGGCCCCUCGAGGGUUUUGGGGACCUGGAAGAGGCAGCUCCCUCCUAGGAGGAAAUGGGAAGGUGAUGAUGCAGAACCUCAAUGAGCGCCUGGCCUCCUACCUGGACAAGGUGCGCGCCCUGGAGGAGGCCAACGUGAGGCUCGAAAGCCGCAUCCUGAAGUGGCACCAGCAGAGGGACACUGGCAGUGAACAAGACCAUUCGCAGCACGAGGAGAACAUCAACAGCCUGCAGGAGCAGAUAGUGGAUGGCAAGCUGACCAAUGCUCGGGUCAUUCUUCUCAUUGACAAUGCCAGGAUGGCAGUGGAUGACUUCAACCUCAAGUAUGAAAAUGAACAUUCCUUCAAGAAAGACUUGGAAGUUGAAGUUGAAAGUCUCCGAAAGACCUUGGAUGACCUGACCAUUGUCACAACAGACCUGGAACAGGAGGUCGAGGGGUUGAGGAAAGAGCUCAUCCUCAUGAAGAAGCGCCAUGAGCAGGAAAUGGAGGAACAGCAUGUGCCAAAUGACUUCAAGGUCAAUGUGAAGGUGGAUACAACCCCAGGGGAAGAUCUGAUUAAGAUCCUGGAGGAUAUGAGGCAGGAAUACGAGUUAAUGAUAAAAAAGAAGCAUAGAGACUUGGAUGCUUGGUAUAGAGAGCAGUCAGCAGCCAUGGCCCGGGAGACAGCCAGCCCUACCGCUGUGCCGAGCAACCAAAGUAACGUCCACGAGCUGAAGCGCACGUUCCAGGCCCUGGAAAUUGACCUGCAGUCUCAGCACAACAGGAAAUCCGCUCUGGAAAACAUGCUGUCGGAGACCCGGUCUCGGCACUCCCGCCAGCUCCAGGACAUGCAGCAGCUCAUCUCCCACUACGAGGAGGAACUGCUGCAGCUGCGCCACGACCUGGAGUGGCAGAACCGCGAGUACAAGGUCCUUCUGGGCAUCAAAACCCACCUGGAGAAGGAGAUCUCCACCUACCGCCAGCUCCUGGAGGGAGAGAGCCCAGGGACAGCAGAGGAAUCUAAGCUGAGCGUGAAAGCGUCUGCAGCUCCAAAGAUCAUAGCCAUCACACAGGAGAGCGUCAAUGGAAGAGUAAUUUAUUCUCAAGUGAAUGAGAUCCAAAAGCAUGCGUGAGGCUAAUACACGCUUCUGCCUGUUGUAGAAACUAUUUUUCUGCCGGGGAAAGGCCUUCCUUGCCCAGACACAAAUGGGUGAGUCCUAAGAGGUAUCCUUAGGGUUAUCACACUCAGCAAUGUAUUUUUCUCUGUAACAAUGUCAUCAGACAUUCCACAAUGAUCUUAAUCUACUGCUGUAUUUUUGCAUCAGAGUAUGAAUUCAUGAGCUUAAAGCUCUACUUUCUUUGUAUCUGUUUUGUAACCAAUAAACCUCCAU